AGCCCGAACCGAGCCCCAGCGAGAGAGAGGGCGGGCGGGCCAGGAGCGCGGCAGCGGCGGACGGCGGACGGCGGACGGAGCUCGGCACCGGCCAACUCGGGCCUCCCCAGCCAGCCCCGCGGCGGGGCAGCCGCAGGAGCCCUGGCUGUGGCCGGGGGGCAGUGGGCCAUGCCGGGGGCAGUGGAAGGCCCCAGCUGGAAGCAGGCGGAGGACAUUAGGAACAUUUACGACUUCCGUGAUGUUCUGGGAACAGGGGCCUUCUCGGAGGUAAUCCUGGCGGAAGAUAAGAGGACUCAGAAGCUGGUGGCCAUCAAAUGCAUCGCCAGGAAGGCUCUGGAGGGCAAAGAGGAAAGCAUGGAGAAUGAGAUCGCUGUCCUGCACAAGAUCAAGCACCCCAACAUUGUAGCCCUGGAUGACAUUUAUGAGAGUGGGGGACACCUCUAUCUCAUCAUGCAGCUGGUGUCAGGCGGGGAGCUGUUUGACCGAAUUGUGGAAAAAGGCUUCUACACAGAACGGGACGCCAGCCGCCUCAUCUUCCAGGUGCUGGAUGCUGUCAAGUACCUGCACGACCUAGGCAUCGUACACCGAGACCUCAAGCCGGAGAAUCUGCUGUAUUACAGCCUGGAUGAAGACUCCAAGAUCAUGAUCUCCGAUUUUGGCCUCUCCAAGAUGGAAGACCCUGGCAGUGUGCUCUCCACAGCCUGUGGGACCCCGGGAUACGUGGCCCCUGAAGUGCUGGCCCAGAAGCCCUACAGCAAGGCAGUGGAUUGCUGGUCCAUUGGGGUCAUCGCCUAUAUCCUGCUCUGUGGUUACCCCCCCUUCUAUGACGAGAAUGAUGCCAAACUCUUUGAACAGAUUUUGAAGGCCGAGUACGAGUUUGACUCUCCUUAUUGGGACGACAUCUCUGACUCCGCCAAAGACUUCAUCCGGCACUUGAUGGAGAAGGAUCCAGAUAAGAGGUUCACGUGUGAGCAGGCCUUGCAGCACCCCUGGAUUGCAGGAGAUACAGCUCUAGAUAAGAACAUUCACCAGUCAGUGAGUGAGCAGAUCAAGAAGAACUUUGCCAAGAGCAAGUGGAAGCAAGCCUUCAAUGCCACGGCCGUGGUGCGGCACAUGAGGAAGCUACAGCUGGGCACCAGCCAGGAGGGGCAGGGACAGACGGCGAGCCACGGGGAGCUGCUGACACCAGCAGCUGGGGGUGAGGCUCAGGGAUCUGUGGGAAGGCAGGGGUGGUCCACAGAGAGGCACCCAGGCUGGAGUGGAGGAUCUGCUCCUCUGGCCAACUCUGCUCUCUCUUUCCAUGCAGGGCCAGCGGCUGGCUGCUGCUGUAGAGACUGCUGCGUGGAUCCAGGCCCGGAACUGCCUCCCACACUGCCCCCCCAGCUCUAGGGGCCUGGAUCCAGGGUGAGGAUCCCCUGUGUAGGAGGGUUUGGGGGCAGCCUGCUCCCCUUCCUCCCCUGAACUGGGGAGUUACCCUGCUCCACUCCCUCAGCAACCCCUUUCCCUAGAGCACCUCCACUGCAUUUUCCAUACAAAUGUUUCUAUUUUAUUGUUCCUUCUUAUAAUAAAGGGAAGAGGUUAAAACCA